ACCGAGCGCCCGCGGCGGCUGACUCAGGCGAGAACUGCGUGACCUGCCUGGCCAUGGGGCCCUUGAGCCGGGAAGCAUGGGCCCAGCGCCUGGGUGCUUUCCGGAUGAGCCCUUCUACAUUCAUGGCCGGCGCCGAGAGUGAAGAUUUGGGUCGCGACCUGCUGAGUGACCUGAGGAAUGAAAAGCUGAGCGAGCCAACCAAGGUUUCCUUGCUGGCACUGAGCUUGGAGUACCCCGACAAAUUGUGGCCUGAUGCUCUUGCUGCGGAGGCUGCUGCCACCUUUCUGUUGGACACUCUCCUCCUUCUACCCCCAAGGCCCUCAGCUCUCCGACGACCCCUGCUGUUAGCAGCCACCACAACCCUGCUGGUCGGAGGUGCCCUGAGCCCCACUUCAGGAGCCUCCUGCCGGCUCCUACCCUUACUGCUUGGCUUGGCUUUAGGUCGUGAUGUGGGCAGAGGCUUUGGACCCACCUCGGAACAGCGACUUCUACAGGCCACGGCGUGUGAGUGCCUUCGAGAGCUGGAAAGCUGCAAGCCCGGGCUCCUGAGAGGCUCUCUGGGGCUGCUACGGAGCCUCUCGGGGCAGGCGGGUCCCAUCCAGCCACUCAGCAUGCUUCUGGCACUCGUUCUGCGCAAUACCUUGGUGGUACAGUCCAGGUCUGGAGCUGGCCUGCAGGAUUUGCUUGUGGCUGGGGUCUUCUCCCCUGGGGGUGGCUCCUGGGACUGGACAUUAGCUGAAGAGGCGGAUGACCAGCUUCUGCCCCAGACACCCAGCUGGCCUGCAGCUGAGAAGGAGCCUGGUCUUGCAGGGCUGGAGCCCAGCCCUGAGGAAGCCAGGGAGCUGAGAGCUGCUGUGGCCCAGCUUUUGGAUACUUCCUACCUGCUCACUACUGUGGCCCAAGCCCAACUUCUGUGGCUGCUGGGCUGGGCCCUGCGGGGUCUUCGGGGACAAUCGCCUGUGAUCUUUAAGCCCCAGCUGGCUCGGCUGCUCGGUACAGCGCAAGUGACCCUGCUGCACUCUGUUCUUGCUCUGAAGGCGGCCUUUGGUGAGGCCCUGUUCACCGCCCAGGAUGAGGCUCUGCUGCUCCGCAGGCUCACCUUGGCUGCCCAGCACCCAGCCUUGCCCUCACCUACGCACCUCUUUUACCUGCACUGUCUCCUAAGCUUCCCCGAGAAUUCACCACUGGGUUUGGAAGGGGAGGAGGCUGCCCCGCUGCUGCUGGGGCACCAGCUAUGCCGCAGCCUCAUGCCUGAUCUCCUGAAUGACCCGAUGGCCUUCCUGGCCCGCCUGCAUUUGCUGUGUCUGCUCUGUGCUGAGGAUGAAGAACAGGAGAAAGGUCAGGUUCCAAGUCCACGGCAGUACCUGUUGGAGCUGCUGGCUGGCCUGCGGCAGAGGGCAGCCCUGGAUGGUAGUCCUCAGGACUUGGCCACUCUGUGUUUCCAGGCCUCAUACCUGGUGGCCAGCUGCCUGGCCAUGCAACCCUCAGUUGUAAAGCCCUUGAUUCAUGGACUGUCCCAGCUGUACCGAGCUCGGCCUUUGCUGGCUCCCCGCUUUGUGGACCUCUUGGAUCGGGUGGGCCCUGAGCUGGGGAGACCUCUCAAGGAGGUGCUGUGGCAGGAGGUGGUCACCAGACCAGGCAAGGGUGAAGCUCUUUGCUGUCACCUGCAAAUUCUAGAAAAAGUGGCAGAGGGAGGUGCUCACAGGGCCACCCUCAACUUUCUGCAGGCUGCAGCCAUCCACUGCACUGACUGGGGUCGACAGCAGGCCUUGCUUCGGGUCUGCCAGGCCCUGCUGCGGACAGGUGGGGGGGACGGCCUAGCAGACUUGCUUCAGGGACUGGCCAGGCAGCUAGAGGACCCUGAUGGGCGGGAUCAUGCCCGUCUCUACUACAGUCUCUUGGUCCACCUGGCAGGGCCCAAGUUGAGAGUUGCCCUGGGCCCUUCACUUGCUACGCCUGCACUGGCCUCAUCGCUGGUGGCUGAAAACCAGGGCUUUGUUGCAACACUGAUGGUGCAGGAGACCCCGCCUCCCAUCCGGUUAAGUGUGGAGCCCCACAGGGCCAAAGGCCCACUGCCCAUGCUGCAGCUGCAGGUGGAGGUGCUGGACCCUGCCUACUCUUUGGAGCUGCGCUUCUGUGUGCAAGGACAACUCUAUGCACCUUUGAAGGCCAUCCACAUACCCUGCCUGUGUCCAGGCCGACCUGCCCACCCUCUGUACCUGCCCUUACAGCCCCGACGUCCAGCCCCUGCUCAGCUGCAUGUACAGGCCCUUUACACCACCCCCACUGGCCUCACCUGCCAUGCCCACCUGCCACCCCUGACUGUCAACUUUGCUAACCUCUUUUUGCCUUUCCCACAGAUCCCCAAGGGUUCUGAGAGGGACUUCUUUGAGAGGUUGUGGGACUCUUGCCUCCCAAAGGGUGUAGAAAGUUGUGUGUGGUGCCCCCUUGGGCCACAGGGCCUGGAGGCCUUGGUGUCCCACCACCUGGAGCCUUUUGUGGUGGUGGCUCAACCCCCAACCAGCUAUCACAUAGCUAUCUGCCUGCCCCCUGACUCCAUGCUGUUGCUGCGGCUAGAGGCAGCCCAGGUAGAUGGAGUGCCAGUGGUCCUGAGGACCAAUGAUUGGGACUUGCUGCCUCUGGCAGGGGACUAUAUCCGUGGGCUUGCAGCCUGCUAAAUAAAACCUACAAGACCAAA